CCGUGUGAGCAGAACCAAAUCCACGGCGAGCACGAGCCCUAGGGCAACCCAGAUUCGCGCAGCCCACCUCGUAGCCGAGCAUUCCGCGUCAGAUCGGAUCGAAGCGGCGGCGGCGAGAUGGCGGCCGACAAACUGGCUCCGGUGAAGGUGAACUACUGCGGCGUCUGCGGCCUCCCCGCCGAGUACUGCGAGUUCGGGCCCGACUUCGAGCGCUGCAAGCCGUGGCUCCGCGCGCACGCGCCCGGCGUCUACCCGGAGGAACUCGUCGCCUCCUCUUCCGGCGGGGGCGAGAAGGACGUAGAUAAGGUUGGCGAGCGCCUCCAAGGCGUCGGUAUCUCCACCGCCGAUGGCUCCUCCAGCACAGGGGGUGCCUCGGCAUCUAAGCAGGAAGAGGUGAAACGACUGCCUGGUGGUAAGCUCAAGAAAAAGGACAAGCAAGAGGUUAUUAUUGAGAAGAUUGUCCGCAACAAGCGCAAAUGUGUUACCGUGGUCAAAGGCCUUGAAUUGUUUGGUGUCAAGCUGAGUGAUGCUUCAAAGAAGCUCGGAAAGAAAUUUGCUACUGGAGCUUCUGUUGUCAAGGGCCCAACCGAGAAGGAGCAAAUUGAUGUGCAAGGGGACAUAUCAUAUGAUGUUGUAGAGUUCAUUACAGAUACAUGGCCCGACGUACCUGAAUCGGCCAUAUAUUUCAUUGAAGAUGGAAGGAAGGUCGCUGCUGCUUAAAUCUUAUAUGGUUUAGAAGCGAAAGCACCAGUGGAGUUACAGAUAUAGUGGAAUAUAAGGAAAGAGAUGUAUCAGUGUUAAGGCAUGCCUCGAACAUGAGUCGAUCUCUAUCUCCUAAAGACACAACUCUUCUGUAUAAUUUCUGAGCUAAGUUCACAUGUGGUGUUUUACCUACCACUGGAAGUCUGGCACCGUGACACCGUGUAUGAAAUUUAUUUAAGAGUUGAGUUUGUACAAGCGAGUAUUAUGGUAUGCAUAAUCCAUUUGAAGCUACAUUGUUAAGAAAUCA